AUGGGUGGGUCCGAGGCGUCAAAGGCCAAUGGAUCUCCCAGGCUGCCCCGCCUGCCUUCAUGCUGCCCCUGCGGCCUGCGCCGGCUGUGGCCCCACAGCCCUCCCACUCGGUUCUUCGCAGCGGCCGCCCGGCAGCGGUCUGGCCCCAGUAACUACUAUGAACUGUUGGGGGUGCAUCCUGGUGCCAGCGCUGAAGAAGUUAAACGAGCUUCUUCUCCAAGUCCAAAGAGGAUAGGUCAUGGGAAGGGAGAUGAGGGGAGUCCUGCCCCACCCCAGCUGCACCCUGACCGGGACCCCAGGAACCCAGCCCUGCACAGCCGCUUUGUGGAGCUGAGUGAAGCGUACCAAGUGCUGAGCCAUGAGCAGAGCCGCCGCAGCUAUGACCACCAGCUCCGCUCGGCAGCUUCCCCAAAGUGUCCAGGAACCACAGCCCAUCCCAGGUCUGCUCAUCAGGCACACAGCAGCUCCUGGGCACCCCCCAAUGCAAAAUACUGGGCCCAGUUUCAUGAAGUGAGGCCGCAGGGACCAGAGUCAAGGCAGCAGCAGCACAAGCACAACCGGCGGGUGCUGGGGUACUGUCUACUGGUCAUGCUGGCAGGCAUGGGCCUGCACUAUGUUGCCUUCAGGAAGCUGGAGCAGAUGCAUCGUAGCUUCAUGGAUGAAAAGGAUCGGAUCAUCACAGCCAUCUACAAUGACACUCGGGCCCGGGCCAGGGCCAACAGAGCCAGGCCCCGGGAGGAGCAACGGCAGGGGCAGCAGCUGCAGCCACCACCCGGGCCUCCUCAAGGCCCCGGGAUCGUGCCCCCCGGCCCCAGCCCCUGAGCGGCUCACCUUGGAGAGCUCA